ACAUGGACAUUGCAUUAAAUGAUGUCGAAGCAGUAUGUAUUGCAUAUUUACUAAAUAAAAGACAUAAAAAACAAAAUAAAACUAAAAGGCAAUAUUGGGUGCAUCCAUUAAAUGUAAAAAGGCCCCAGGAAGGCCAAUUCAAUAUUACUUUUAUGACCUUGCGAGCGCACCCAGACAAAUUUUUCGACUACUACAGAAUGAGCAUUCAAUCUUUCGAUGAACUGGUUUUACUCGCCGGACAGCACAUCCAAAAACAAUAUACAAAUAUGCGUAUCCCAAUUUCACCAGAGGAAAGGUUGACUGUCACAAUAAGGUAUUUGGCAACUGGAACGCAUUUCUCAGCAUUACAUUAUGAGUUUCUAAUGGGUGUGUCGACCAUAACAAAAAUAGUGCGGGAAACUUGCGAGGUAUUAUGGACAAUUUUGCAGCCAAUUGAGAUGUCAGAGCCCACAACUCAUGAUUGGCUAGAUAUAGCUGAAGACUAUUUUGAAAAAACCCAGUUUCCAAAUACAGUCGGGGUG